AUGCAGUUGCUCCCCUGCCGCCGAAAAUUGCAAUCGGUCGCAGCUGUUGAGCCUCAAGAGCCAUAUCAAUCAAGGUCCUCGAUUUCAGGCUCGAUCGACGCGACGAACUGCCCCGACGACACGCGCAACCGCAGCCCUGUGACCCCAGAGACCCCGGCCGACAAGAUGUCGAAGCGAGGUGCUGCCGCCGGAGCGGACCAGAUCGUGAAGCUCAUCGUAGGCGCCGGUCAAGCAACACCCAGUCCACCCGUUGGUCCUGCGCUUGGUAGCAAAGGUGUCAAGUCAAUGGACUUCUGCAAGGAAUUCAAUGCGCGAACACAGCACAUAAACCCCGGCACCCCCAUGCCGACCCGAGUCACCGUCCGCGCCGACAGGACAUUCCACUUCGACGUACGCACACCUCACACAUCGUGGCUGUUAAAGAAUGCCGCAGAGCUUCCGGUCGGAAAGAAGGGGAAGAGAAAGGGCGCCGCCAAGCCCGGCCAGGAGGUCGUCGGCAGCGUCACCCUCAAACACGUCUACGAGAUUGCCAAGAUCAAGCAGUCGGAGCUACGCCUGUCGGGUCUUUCUUUAGAGGGCCUGUGCAAGUCUAUCAUAUACCAGGCCAAAUCGAUAGGCCUCAACGUCGUUGCAUAG